UAUAAACACACCGCACACACGUACACAAUUACAUUGAAAAUAAAUUAUUAUUAAUAAAUAAUUUUAAAUGUUACCAGAAGCCGAUGAUUAUGCGGUCCUGCACCACCGCAGCUAUAAAAUGAGCCAAGAUCGGUUUCGUAAAAGGGUCGACUGGAAAAAAUUGAAAAAGAAAUGUAACAAGUCGCGCUCGAAGCAAAAGAAACUGGAGCUGCUCUUCGAGAAUGACAUACAGGGAGCCCCGGAAAUUGAAUUGCCCCCAAACGCGUCUGCUUUUGCUGUCUUUGCUUCUGUUCGACUGGCUGUAUUAGACCGUUGGAUGAAAAAUGCUGCUCAAGAGCACCUACAAAGUAGUUGCGGCAUGACGAUGGUAGAUCAGAGCGAACUGGAAAGUGAUACUGAAGAUAACUCACAAAGUAGCACAUAUGUGCCUGUGAAAGUUUCAAAAGUGGUUGGUUUAGGUCUUAGAUCAGUUUUUGAGCUUAUUAAAGAAAGCCGAACCUCACAUCCUGCCUUGUGUACUAAAGCUUUAUUGGCUUUACUGGAUGUUUUACAAGGUCAGAGCCCAGAAGGCCUCAAGUCAGAACCAUCGUCAAUAAUCGAUUCUCUCUUCGAUCUUUUACUGGACUUGGCAACGUUACACGGUCCAGAAUCUUCGGUCCAGAACGACGGCACCCACUUAACGGCAGUGGCGUGCGCAUGCCUUUUAUCCCUCGUGGUCGUCCGGGGGGAUACCGGGAAAUAUCUUAGCGCUGCCGCUGCCCUUCUAAUGUGCCCCAGGGCAUUGAGUGUACAGAAUAUACAGAUGCCAGCAGUCCUAUCGUCUCUUCAACGAAGCAUUCACGGAGUGCUCCUUGGGAAACUUGUCCGUCCGGACUGGCUGACCCACGGGGUACCCCAAAGCUCCAAAAUCGACUCGUUCCAAGUGAAAAUGCCCACCGAUUUGCUGAACGCUCCAUUAAUCACCAAAUCUCUGGCCUUUGACGGACAGUAUUUGUAUCUGUUUUGCUCUAGGGGCUUGCUGAAAAUCGGUAGCGGCUAUGGGGGUACCGUCAAGGGAUUUAUCAGCAUGUGGAAACAUGAUUUUUAUCCGAACGAGCAUGGAACUUUGGUGUUUUGUGCGGGCAAACUUUACUUAAAACUCCUGGGAAGACGAGGUAGCGAAUUCCUCUUAGUCGACAAGAACAACCUUCUAAUUUCUGGAUCGGUCCCGUUACAUUCCAGAGAUGUGGCAGCGAAUGUGAUCUUUUCAGAUGGGGAAUACUUGGGCACCAUAUCUGCUGCUAAAGACGAUGGAUUUGUGGUGAGGCUUUUAAAUCAGAACACUUCUCCAGCUUCUCUUAUAAGCGAACUCCCCCUGAAGUUGGCCAGAAAAUGCGUGGAUGCUUUAGGACAUGCUCCCUAUGAAGAAGAACAAAGCUCUUAUACAAUAAGCAUUACCACAGAAGAAGAAGUAGCUAGUGUAUGUGCUGGGAAGGACUUUGGACUCUUGAAGACUGUUACUGGAAAAGUUCUUUUCACUGGGAAAUCUUCAUCACUAGGAAUUAAGCAAGGGGCUUUAAGGCCAGGCAAAUGGAGCGAGCUGGUUCUAACCAAAUCGCCCAAGAUCAGUCAUAUUGCGAUGGGACAUGACGGACUUCAUGCUAUUAUGGUGGCUGAGGAUGGAGCUGUAUUUUUUACAGGUACUGCCCGCAGGGGUGAAGACGGAGAUCAAAGUAAAGUGAGAAGGCAGCCCAAGCCAGUAAAACCUAAAAAGAUGAUCAAAGUGGACGGAUUACAUAUUGUCGGAGGCGCCUGUAACAACGGAACUACCGCCCUCGUAACUAGAGAUGGCGAACUUCUCAUGUUUGGAAAAGAUACUGCUCAUGCUGAUCCUUCAACAGGUUUGGUAUCGGGUCUAAAAGGCGAAUUCGUAACCCAAGUAGCCCUAGGCAAAGCCCACGCUAUCGCUUUAACUUCGAAAGGCCAGGUCUACACUUUUGGCAUCAACAAUAAAUUUCAGUGCGGAAGGGAUUUUAUGAAGCAGACUGGCAAAGAUGGCCAAAAUUCUUAUAUAGUAGCCAUGGACACUUGCCCACUGCAAGACGAACAAGAAUACUUCGAAGAUCUGGAAGCGAAUCAGAAAGAAACGGACAAUAUGGCGGGAUGUUCCGAAGGAAAUUUGGGCGAGGGUGGCCAGCAGAACAUGUGUCCACCGGGUGCACAUGCGUGGCACGAAGAUCUUUGCAUGGUGUGCACGAUUUGUAGAGAGUGUACGGGGUACUCGAUCAGCUGUUUGAGCUCUAUGAGUUCUGAGAGAAAUCCCGGACAAGAAUGCGGCUGUGGUGAAGGAGAUAGCGGUUGCGCGAUCUGUGGCUGUUGCAGGAUUUGCGCCAGGGAGGUUGUCGAUAAUUCCGAAUUAGCCGAUUUGGCCGGUAUGAUUAGGGAAAAUUCAACUAAAAUACUCCCAUCGAAGCAACGAUCCAAACUUCAAGAACAGAUCCAGAGCAGACUAGACGACCGGAAAAAUAAAAGCAAGAAAUCUAUCGCGGGGCCUAGUAAACAGACCGCAAAAGUAAAGUCUAUCCGAUCAUCAGUAUUAGCUACACCAACCCACAAAGCGAACAGCACCCGUCAAAACAAUUUGCUGGGGACCGUCAAGGAGCAAACGGGUUCCGAUGUUGAAAGAGAUGCCGCCAGAAUUGCUUGUCUGCCGCCAGCAAAGCUUGCACUCCCUUUUGACAGUCCAGUGGUACAAAUCGCUUGUGGUCUUCAUCACAGCGUUCUGCUGCUUCAAAACGGGCAAGUGUUGACUUUCGGAUCCAAUUUAUAUGGGCAGCUCGGUUGCGGGGACAUUCUGGCCAAAAGUACUAUUCAGCAUGUUAGUUUGCCCACUAGUGCGGUACAUGUGGCCGCUGGUAGCAACCAUACCGUCGUUCUGACAAGCAAAGGGGAAAUUUACACUUUUGGAAAUUCAGAGAAGGGACAACUGGGCCGUCUACCAACAGUAACCAAUCAAGAUAAUAACCAGCAUGGUCAGGGAUCCAGUAGUUCCAGAUAUAACAACCCAAGAACACCUUGGUACAGUAUACCAGCAGCCAUACCCAAUGUAGGACCUAGGCAUGGCAGAAGAGCGACAUGGGUGGGAGCUUCAGGCGACCAAACAUUUUUAAAAUUAGACGAAAGCCUUAUUAACUCAGUCAGCAUUGCCAAAUCCACCGUCUCAGCCAACAAACAUUCUAUUAUAUUAUUCCCAAACCACGACGCUUCAUCCAGAAACUUUAAGCUGCUAGUAAUCAAUAAAAAAGACGGAAAUUGCAACUCGUUUAAAGGUCCAGAACAAGUGGAUUUCUCAUCAAAAAUGGUCUGUAUGGACCCCAUUUACAAUAUCCUUUGGUCCUACAAAGUGGAAGCCCAUGAGGUUUCCUGCUACAAUAUCAUCGCUUCAGAAUUACAAAAUGUCACCUCUAACGAGUGUACUCAGCUGCAAAAAGUAGAGCAUAGAGUUCUGUCAGACAUUAAGGUUAUUGAAGAUAAAAGUUUAACAGAUAAACAGCAAAGUUUGAAUAUGAUACUUAGUCCUGAAUUGGCGUUGCCGGUUAGCACUAAUUGUCAGGUUACCAGAUUUCAAGCUGCGCUCAACUUAAUUUGUUGCUUGGACACGCUGACCAUAGCCCACGAUCUUCAAAUCACCGCGGUUAAAGAAGAGGUGGACGAGAGGCAAAUGGUGACCGGAAAACAAUAUUCUAAAGAAGAUUUCCAAGCUGUUAACAGAUUUGAAAGUCACGGAGGCGGUUGGGGCUACUCGGGCCACAGCAUCGAAGCCAUAAGAUUCAUGGCUGACACCGACAUCCUUCUGGGUGGCUUCGGGCUAUUCGGUGGUCGUGGCGAGUACACCGCUAAACUAAAACUUUUGGACAUCGGUCCAAACGGAGGCGAGCAAGAGGUUGACGGAGAAUUACUCGCGGAAACUGAGGAGGUGCCUUAUGAGUGCGGACCUAGACAAAAAUAUGCCAUGUUGUUCGAUGAACCCGUUCAGUUACAAGCCCACCGAUGGUACGUAGCUUGGUGUCGUAUAAGCGGACCUAGCAGUGAUUGUGGGUCCUCGGGCCAAACCAUGGUGACCACCGAGGACCAAGUGCUCUUUUACUUUAAAUCUUCAAAGAAAUCGAAUAACGGCACCGACGUGAACGCCGGCCAGAUACCGCAGCUCCUUUAUAAGAUCGUCAGCCCAGAAAACCAAAGUCCUCCCAGACAAGUGGAUGUAGUUGAACCAAUGCACAUUCUGUCUAAAGAAUUCUCGAGAACGGUUACAAAGGAAUGUUUUCAAAGUCUCCUUUCUUUGCUGCAAUGGUCUUGGAAUACUUUUAAGUGGGGCAUAAUGGAAGGACAGUCCAUUAAGAACAUGUAUACUAAUAUGGAAUUGGAGAGGCUUGUGUAUAUUAGUACUUCUAGUUUGAGACUUAUUUGUACUUAUACUAAUGAAAUAUAUCCUAGACAAAUCAACCGAAAAUCACCACUAGAAAACGUACAUUUGGCCGAAUGUAUAGGCGACGUCCGGACCCUUUUAAAACAAAUCUUAUCGGACAACAUCUCCUUACUGAUGCAAAACAAAAAAUCCAGCAAAACCAGAGCGUACAGCGUCACUUUGAUGAACAGCAUCCUGCAAGAGUGCCACAAUACGUUCGUCAGCUGCUUUCACGCCUUUUAUCCUACCGCUUAUUUAAAAUGGACGUGUUUGUGUGAUUUAUUAGCGGAAACUAGCGAGGUGUAUAACCCACAUAGUGCCUCCAAUACGCAAAUGCUGCUGAGCGCGGUGCUCUGCGCACUUUGCGCGCCAUCUGUGCGGCUCAGAAGUACUUUUCCGCUGCUCGGAGCCAAUCAGAGUUCGGAAAACUCGCUUAGUCGGGGAUUAAGUCCUUCGGAUAAUACUGGACAUCCCAUGAUGAGCGUUAGCGAUAGUCAUAGUUAUCCUAUUUUGGUGGAACAGAUGAGCUAUAAGAGUCAGAUGGAAUCAAACUACACAGGCCUCACAUGGACAUGGACGGACGUCCUCGAACGACUAAUUAAUUUAGUAUCCGACCCAAUAGUCCGGAUAUUACAAAAGCAAACAACCGUAACGCAUUCGGAACUAUCCAAGUACUGCUGCCAUUUACUGUCCAGGGUUUUAGCCGAAUUAGUUCAUCAGUGCAGCUCUGUUGAUGAUGAUUUGCAAAACACUUGCGGAAGAAUUUUGCACAUGACUCCUUCUAGAUUUACUAGAACCAACCAGUCAAGGACCUGGAACACCGGAAAUGGAUCUCCAGAUGCCAUUUGCUUCCAGGUUGAUAGAGCGGGUAUUUCUAUUGUGGGUGUAGGCAUUUAUGGUGGUAUCGGUCAUUAUGAGUAUGAAUUGGAGUUGCUUGAGGAUACGAGUUUGAGUACAUGUUUGGAAAACCACGCGGCUGACAGGUGGAACAGUUUGGAGGUUAUUAGAGGUUCCUUUGGUCCAGAGGAUUUCGCUCCUGAUAUUGUUGAAAUUAAGUUUGAUCGGGCCGUACCUAUAAAAGAAAAUGUGAAAUACGCUAUAAGGUUAAGGAAUCAUGGCGGCAGGACUAACAACGGUGAUGGAGGACUCAAUUCGGUGAAAGGUUCUGAUAAUACCACGUUUACUUUUAGUACUUGUUCGAUAAGUUUUAAUGGAACGACACUUACUAGAGGUCAGAUACCGGUUUUGCUUUACUAUAGCAACCCAAUAGAGUGCAACAAAACGUCAACCUCAAAACUAGAGCACCAAGCCAGAAAAACCGCCUUAACAAUGACAAGCUCCAUCGUCCAAAACUCCGCCAAACUCAUGAUGUUAGCAAGAGAAAAAGUCGAGGAGCUUCCCUCAGCGAAUAUACUUAGCGACUCUUGCAUAGUAAAAACCCUUCUACCGUUGGUUUUGGCCCACGUAAGCCCAUUAGCAUCUAGCGACCCCAAGAGCGCGGUGCAAGUUUUAAACUUGAUCCACGAAUUGUUGCCCCACGUAUCCGCUUUAAACUUACUAAACUCUAAUACCCCAAACAUUGUAACUGCUAGCAGGCAAGUGUCAGGUGGCUCAAAUGACGUGGGGGAAAAUAAAUUGGUGACUACCAGUAAUCAUUGUACUUGGGUAGAGAGCGAUCAUCCCUAUAAACCUUCUACGGUGACUAAUUAUAGGGUUCUUUUUCCGGAUUGCGUCAAAUGGAUAUCCCUGGAAUUUGAUCCGUUAUGCGCCACCGCCCAGCCCGAAGAUUCCCUGCAACUUUACAUCCCCGCCAUCGAGUUUGCCUCCAAUUUAAGGAAAAACAGCCCAGUUGGUCUCCUGUUGGAUGAUUUGGACUCUCCGCCGUUGCCUUAUUGGCCGGUGCUUCAUAAAUUCAGCGGAAGUCUUCAGUGGCCUACAAACGCAGUCAUUCUCCCUGGUAAUGAAGUGGUUUUUUCAUUGGAAACUGCCUCAGAUUAUUUAAAAGAUGAUCGGGUUAGUGCCUAUGGCUUCAAAUGUUUGGUGAUCGGCUACGAAUGGCCGCCUGACGCCUCGGCAUACACAGGACUGAAGCAUCUCGAAGCGGAAUUGGCGUUUUUGGGAGGGAUGUGUGCUGCCGCCUUAAUGAAGAAGGAUCUGAUGUUGCCCGUUAUUGGUGAUGAAGGAGAUAUCGAUAUGGAAGCAGCCGAAUCUGCAGCCACCCAGAUAUUCUCCGAGCACAGCUCAUUACUCUCAAAGGGCUUGGCCCUCAGUUCACCCCCAACAGUAACUCAGGCCCUAGAUGGAAUGUUACCUUACAGUGCACAUUCCAAUGAACGUCUAUUCCUCCGAGACUUAGUAAAUUGUACGGCGGGAUCGUCUGGUGGUCGUCUGGCACAAUGGCUUCAACCUGGCAGCAGAGCAGAACCCUCCCAAUGUAAAGUGAUCUGCGCUAGAGAAGAAUUAAGACAAGGAUGGCCUGCCAUCGUGACCGUUUUAACCAGAGACCAAUACGGCGAGGCCGUGUACGUACCAAAUAUGAAAGUUGAGGUGAAAGCUUUACCUAUAGACAAAAAAGAACUGGGAGAGUGUGACGCUGGUAGAAAAAUAAGAAGAGUUAGUCAGCCGGAUCCGUUGAUAUUUGGAGGAGUUGCACCUCCACCGUUACAUCACGGGUACGAGCCGACCAUUAGGGAUAAAAUGCGGUUUCAUUCUAUCACCGUUAUGAAACCGUUCCAGAAUUAUUCUUUUGAGGAAUUGAGGUUUACUUCACCGCCAGUUAAGAGGUCCAGCGAGACUAUGUUGGUGCGGCCAAAUUUGGAUGGUACUUACAGUGCCACCUGGACGCCAGCCUCGGUUGGAUGCUACUCUAUCGUGGUUAAUAUUGAUGGAUAUGAAAUGGAGGAGACGUUUAAAGUUGAGGUAAAAGACCCACCCCAAGGAGUAAUACCACCCAAUCAAAACCCUAGCAAAAAAUCAAUUAUACAACCAAGUAAAGUAAGAAAAUUCGUGGCAAAGAACUCGGCAGGUUUGAGAAUAAGGGCACACCCUUCACUGCAAAGUGAACAGAUUGGCGUAGUUCAUGUGAAUGGAACCAUCGUAUUCAUCGAUGAGAUCCAUAACGAUGAUGGAGUCUGGUUGAGACUUUCUGCCGAUACCAUUCGCCAGUACUGCAAUCCACACGUCAUUGAAGCCUGGUGUCUUCAGUACAAUCAGCAUUUAGGAAAAACUUUAUUGUUACCGGUAGAGGAACCCAAAACCAUUUUGGAUCAAGUGAUUACCGAUACCAUUUUACGAAAGCUGCCUGAUAUUCAAGAUAAAACCAAAGGAUCGCAGAUAAGUUAUAAGGUUAUCAAAUGUGGUGCUUCUGGACAUAAUGUGAGGAGCAGACCAAGCUUAAGGGCGCCACCUGUCGGUAUGUUAGUGUUGGGAAAUAGAAUUGGCGUUAGUGAGUAUGUGGUGAACUCGGAAGGUUGUUGGGUGCUUUUGGACAAACCAACUAGAGAGAAAUAUUGUUUUAACGUUGACGAAGAUGCUUGGUCUUUGGCCAUUGGCACAAAUAACGUACUGUAUUUGGACAAUGUGACUGAAACUGAUAAUUCAAAGGUUUCCUCGGACUCCCAAAAGCGCGGAUUCACCUUUACCUAUCCGAAAUCGGGAACGGAAUUUACAUUUUCCGGUCAAAGCAGCUCGUCUACCAUGAAAGGAAAAUCUGACGAGCUGUCCUCUUCUAACCCGUUCAUUUUUGGGGAGCCUCUCGAUCCUUCGGAGCCCCCCAAAGUACCCAAGAGGGAGAGGAAGGACAAUAACAAACCGAAGUUCAGACCUAAGGUGGCUCGGGAAGGACAGGCUAAUGAAGGGUUUUCGGAAUCUGUACCGCGCUCUUUAACAGAGUUGGGAUCUAACGGGAACGGGGUGACUCCUCCAGAUACUCCCAAAAGGUCACAAAGUCCCAGGCCAGGCAAUUUUUCACCUAAACCGAUGAGUAGGAGUUCUAGUCCAAUUGCUUUGCCCAGUAGAGCACUUCCGCCUGAGAGUGGUAGCGGCAGCCCUCCGAUGUAUGGAUCGUCUAGAAGCAUUGGGUUGUCACCAUUGGUUUCAGGUACUCCAAAUGCCCCAGACCUACCGAGAAGAGGCUCGAAUCAAUCCGACACCAGCGCCCUAGUAAGCAGCUUGACCAAGGACUUAUCCCAGUCCGCUAGUCAGUCCACACAACCCAAAGAAAUGACGCCCAGUCCAAGUGGUAGUUCAUUGCACACUAGUCCUCCUCAGACUCCGAACUCAUUUAAGGACGUGGAUCAAUCAUCGAAAAAACUGACUCAGACUGGUACGCAAACUUCUCCGGAUAACGCAGUCACGCCGCACGUAAAAGGGCACUUUUCUAUCGGCAGCAUCAAUAAAGAGGAAAAGCUCUCACCGAAACUAAUGAGAAAAGAGAGGGCAACUACUAAAGUCAGACCAAAAAGAGCCAUAUCACCGGCAAAUUUGCACCAAUUACCAUCCGCAUCGAAAGGUACUUACCAAAGUACCGAGCCAGUUAAACAGGCCAUGAGUCCCUCGGUAGCUGAAGCUUUGAGGGCUGUAUUUGCUGCAUUCCUUUGGCACGAAGGAAUUGUGCAUGAUGCAAUGGCCUGCGCUAGUUUUUUGAAAUUCCAUCCUACGUUGCCGAAGCAAGGGGCACAAGUUGUAACGAGACACGCGGAUACACCUUUGGAUAAACGACGUAGGGAACUGACUAAGGAGGAGAGAGCUAGACAGAGACAUUCAGUCGAAGUCAGCAAUGCAGGAAACUACCUCCACAUCCAACCUUCCACCCUUGAAUCCCUUACUCGUUCAGCAGCGAACGCGAGCGCUAACCGCAACAGACCGAGAAAAAUGACAGAUGGCGCAACCAUUUGCGAGGAAAGCACCGAUUCACCCAACUAUACUUAUCAGACUAUAUCAGUUUUACCUCCUGCCUUAAAAAGUCUGGUUUAUCUGUGGGAAGAGCUAACUGCAACUUGUUUGUUAAACAUGAGUGAACAAGAGGGCAGCCCUUCCAAAGACAAGGCGAAACGUGUGGAAAAAAUCGACCCCAAGGAGAAAAACAAUUGUAUUGAGAAGGAGAGCAAGAAGAGUAAGAAGAAAAAGGUUCCUCCAAGAAAUUAUUUGGAAGACAUUGGACUAACUUCGUAUGUUAACUCGGGGACAGGCGAGACCUUAUGUGAACUAUGCGGCAAUAACUAUCCCCAUCCUGUGACGUAUCACAUGCACGAGGAACAUCCCGGGUGUGCCAGACACGCUGGGGGUAAGGGAUACAACUCGGGGGGCAACUAUUGCCUCGGUUGGGCUGGUAAUUGUGGGGAUGGCGGAGUGCCGGGAAGCUCUUGGUAUCUGCUUUGUGAUCAGUGUCGGGAAAAGUACAUGAAAACGAACAAGAGCUGCAGCAAAACAUUUUCCAAAUCGAAAACUAUAAACGCAAAGAAAACUAGUUUAAGACAGGUUACGCAGGGCGGUACCGAUUUACACUUGGUGAUGAAAAAUAACGCGAUGUUUCUUUUGGAUCUGGCUAGUUGUGCCGAUAAUGGCAUGGCACCUCAAAGAAGGUCUUCUACGAUAAUGCCUUCUCUCUCAGAAAACAUAACACCUCCUGAUACCUCCGGCCCUUUUGGACCAUUACCGCCCUUUCAGUGUCUGCAAACUUUGGGAGAUACGAACUUUUUCGACGAAUCCGCCUUCUAUAAUGAAGUAUUAAACCAUCAGAACUUCCAUAGUACGUUUGGCAAUGUGCCAACUUCUUCACAAAGGCCACUUUCGGAAGUAUCAUUCUCAGAAACCGAAAUCGACCCUAUAAAAGGAAGUAGAUUUCAUAGGUCGGUGUCUAUGGGUACCAAUGGACUGCCUUGGGCAAAAGCGGGAUAUGAUGGUCGAAUUAUUAUGAUGCGGAAACGGAAUAACAGUAGUUCAGAACUAGCUGGAGAAGGUGGUUCAUCUUUAUUAUGUAACCCCUCAGCUGCUUUGCAAAAGUUACUUCCAGAUGAAGACGUUUCCUCCAUAGUACGUAAUGACGUUUUGAAUGAACACAGAGAAAAUUUAAAUUUAAUGCAGAGACCUGUGUUGCAAUUUGUUGUCCAGCAACACGACUUGGAUUCGCUUAAAAUAAGCAUGAAUCAAGCCUUAAGGAAAGCCAUGUGUAGAGUUUACGCGAUGCAAGCUUUAAACUGGCUGCUCAGGUCGGUAACCCAGCCGAUUUGUUUACACGACUUAUUGUGGUGGUUUGUCACCUCACUCACGCCAAUUGAGGUUGAAAUUGAGUCCGAGGAAGACAAUAGACCUCCCAAAAAAUCUGAUGAGGAUCUGAACAUCUGCGAGCACCCCCUAUCGGAUAUAACGAUUGCCGGUGAGGCAGUUCAUCCCUUACCGAGCACCUUUCAUUCCUUACUGCAAACCAUCGCUCAUAUAAUGAUUUUAUUGCCCAUGGGUUCGCCGCUUCAGCAAAUCUCCGUAAGAUGCUGGGGACUGAGAUUUGCCCCAGCGGAUCACAGUUUUUUGCACCGCAGCCAAGUAUUUAAUAACAUAAGCAAGAUUUUAUCGAGAAGUGAAGAAAUGGAGGAUUAUACCAUGUCUAUGCACGAAAGUGCGUUUAAUCAACCAACUGCCAUCGUGGAAUGUCUUAAGGAUCUUACCCAAUCGGUCGAAAUAAGAGCGUCAAGCAGACAAGCAAUGAUUGCCAGCUUAACUGAUGGUUCUACAGAGACUUUUUGGGAGAGCGGAGAUGAAGACCGAAAUAAAACCAAGAGCAUCACUAUCAUAUGCGCCCACGGCCAUCAUCCCGUUCUAGUUUGUGUACACGUGGAUAAUUGUAGAGACUUAGUGAAUAAAAUAUCUACAAUAACGUUCUACUCGGGCCAAAACACGGACGAACUUUCAAAACUGAGGACGGUUGAAGUAGAAACUAGACUUUUGGGUGGAUGGGUGAACUGUCCGAUAACAGAGCCUUCUGAUAAUGUGGUACGGCUGGAACUGAAAGGGCCAGAUAACUCGGUACGAUUGCGUCAGAUUCGUAUAUUAGGGCACGUCGAAGGGGAGCAUUUAAAAAUUGGGAAAUUAUACAGCGCUAGUACCAUUCAGCAAAGGAGCUGCGAAGCUGAGACUUUAAGAGUAUUUAGGCUUAUUACAGCCCAAGUUUUUGGCAAAUUAAUAAAAGGAGAGGAAACCCAUAACUCCCUGAAUAAUGAAAACACCUUGUCUCCUUGUGAAUCUAUGGAGCCUUUGGAGGAAAGCAACGACCUUAGGGAACAUAUGGUCGGAAUCCUAUUCAGUAGAAGCAAAUUGACACAUUUACAAAAACAGGUGAUUGUACACAUUGUACAAGCCAUAAGAAAAGAAACCGAACGCGUUAAAGAAGAAUGGGAAUCCAACUUGUACAUCUCCUCGACCAUAUCGUCUAACAGCAGUUCAGAUAUAGCAAAAAGUUCAGACACUUAUUGCUUUGAAAUGCUGUCUAUGGUACUAGCUUUAUCAGGAAGCUCAGUUGGCCGAGCCUACUUGUCUCAUCAAGGUGGACUUCUCGGUGAUUUAUUGACUUUACUGCAUACUGGUAGUGCCAGAGUACAACGACAAGUUACUUCACUAUUAAGACGUAUGCUUCCAGAAAUCACCCCAGAAUUCUUCGCCAAAGUUGUAGGUGUAUCCACGCUUCCUCCUAGGGAUUUCAACAUCGUUACAGUGGCCAACAAAGACUCUAGUUCAUUUAAAUUCGACGUUAACAAACCAGGCAUUCUGGAUAUUUUUCUAAGCGUUAUAGCAAAAUCUCUAAUAUUGCAAGUUAAACUGAGAAGUAAAUCGGGCAACAGUGGUGCCACUGCUAAAGAAAUUAGUACCGUAAGCUUGGCAACGUCUGUUUUGCCAACUGAUGACGUGGGCCCUAGAUGGUGGCUUAGGGGGUCUGCCAAUAGGAAAUUGGCUGAGGUUAUUGUACAGUUAAUUGCAGAUAUGUCAUCGGGUAAAAUGUCCGAAGCCUGGACAAACAUCACGAAAGGAGCAAUAGCCGAAAACAUCUUAAAUUUAACUUAUUUGAGUGAGGACCAGAGGUUGCCAAACGUCUGCCUCAAAACGCCUACGCUAUGGCUCGCCCUUGCAUCUCUAUGCGUUUUGGAUAAAGAUCAUGUGGAGAGACUUUCGUCAGGUCAAUGGAGUAAAGCGGAAGGUCAUCCAGUACCACCUCGACCCAUGUGUAGCAACCACGACGAUGGAGAAACUACGGCGGUCAUCCAAUGUAACCACUGUGGCAACUUGUGCGCUGAUUGCGAUCGAUUUUUGCACUUGCACAGGAAAACUAGGGCUCAUUUAAGACAGGUGUGCAAGGAAGAAGAGGAGGCAAUAAAAGUAGAACUGCACGAGGGAUGUGGAAGGACUAAGCUAUUUUGGUUGUUGGCUCUUGCCGACUCAAGAACCCUAAAAGCCCUAGUGGAAUAUCGAGAGGGCGGUGCCAGAACCAGAGCUGCAGGCAUCACGGGCAUAUGCCGUUUCUGCGGCACCACAGGCAACUCUGGCCUGUUGGCUAUCGGUAACGUGUGCGCCGACACCGAAUGCCAGGAAUACGGCAAAACCGCCUGCACAAAACUCCUGAAUUGUGGUCAUAUGUGCGGGGGUGUGCUCGGAGAAACGCGGUGUUUGCCCUGCUUGCACGGAUGUUCCAAUGAUUCCACCUUACGGCAGGAUUCUGAUGAUAUGUGUAUGGUGUGUUUCACUGAGGCGUUGAGUUGUGCUCCUGCCAUUCAGCUUCAAUGCGGCCACGUGUUCCACCUUCAUUGCUGCAAAGCGGUUCUGAUGAAACGUUGGGCCGGGCCGAGGAUCACGUUCUCCUUCUCUCUCUGUCCCAUUUGCAAAGUUGAGAUCAAGCACCCGACUCUAGAAGAGCUCAUACAACCAAUCCAGGAACUAUUCAAAGACGUACGCAGGAAAGCCUUAAUGAGAUUGGAAUACGAAGGUUUACAUACGGUAGAAGCAGUAGUGGCCCCUGGAGGUCGUUUCCACAACGACCCAGCUUCAUACGCCAUGGAUAGAUAUGCCUAUUACGUUUGCUACAAAUGCAACAAGGCUUAUUAUGGUGGUGAGGCCAGAUGUGAUGCGGAAGCGGGAGAUGGAUACGAUCCGGCCGAGUUGGUUUGCGGGGCAUGUAGUGACGUCGCACGUGCCCAAAUGUGUCCGAAACACGGCGCGGACUUUCUAGAAUACAAAUGUCGGUACUGCUGUUCCGUGGCGGUUUUCUUCUGCUUCGGUACCACGCAUUUUUGUAAUCCCUGUCACGAUGACUUUCAGCGUGUUACUAAUUUGUCGAAGCAUGAAUUGCCCGUUUGUCCGGCAGGACCAAGAGCAACCCAACUAGAGGGCGACGAGUGUCCUCUCCACGUAAAACAUCCUCCUACCGGGGAAGAAUUCGCUUUGGGCUGCGGCGUUUGUAGGAAUGCCCAUACAUUUUAAUCAUUAUAUGUCAAAAUAGUUUUAUUUAAUUACUCGAUUUCUUUGUGCAAUUUAUGACUUUUUGUUUGAUAUUUAAGAUCUCACACCAAACGUUCCUUUAUUUCUUAUGUAGGUUUUACUUCAAAAUAACUUAUUGUUAAUUCAAGGUAUAAAAUAUAUUUGUAGGAUAUAGAAAAAUA